GUAAACAAAGAAGAAUUCACUUUUGAUUCUCCUUGUCAAGGGGAAAGUGGUACCACAAGUUCACCACAGUGAAUUUUUACUCCAUGGUCCCCUCUUAGAAAAGAAAUUAAAACCAUAGCAAAUCCCUUAGGUACCAUUAUAGACACUAAAAGUGGUGCACUUUAGUGUUGUUGCUAACUUUAGUCCCAGAUCUCAGGGUCUGGGAAACUUGAUUAAAAUUGUUACUAUGCUUACAACAUCUCCACAAUCAUGGUCUACUCCCAGUUGGCGAAUUGAGCCAACAUUUUCAACCAGAGUGCUCAUUGGAAACUGGGGAGAAGAGAGAAGAAAGUUCAUCAAAACUUCAAAAUCGGGUUUUGAGAGCACCUUCCAAAAGGAUUUUGUCUGGUACCCAGAACACAAAGCAGAUUGUAUAACAAAAUGGUAUUCUAUGAGAAGAAGAGAGGGACUACCGUAUAAGAACCUGAUGACCCAUCAUAAUGAACCCAAACAUCGGCAUCUGAUCAGCACAUAUGAAGACCAUUUCAACAGGCAUGGCUACAACCCUGCUUUGCCACCAAUCCGUACCUGGAAUGGGCAGAAACAGAUGUGGCUGCCAGAGAAGUCGGACUUUCCCCUCCUUGCUCCCCCCACCAACUAUGGCCUUUUUGAGAGUCUCUUGAAGAAAUGGGAAAAGCCUACUAGGUGUGACCUCAUGAACAGCGUUUACAACUUGUCUUAUGUAAAACACCCAAUGUCCCGGCGUAAUCUGUGGCAGCGUCAACAUUCAAACCCGAUUCUUCCUCACCUACGGUGAGUCAUCUGGCCCAUCCUUCUGACAGCCACAAUCUUCUCUGGACAAAAUGAAACAAGACCAAAGAAUCUUAACAUUUUCAAAUU